ACACUAGGCAAAGCAUAGCAGAGCAGAGCAGCAACGUAUUCAGGUUGGGACGGACGCUCGGGAACAGAGCGCUUGUCCGUUUCCAUGGCGCUCACUCCCCGUGCCCACAAAUACCGCCACCCGCCAUCCCUCUCCCAGUACGUGUCCUCACUUCUCUUCUCGCUCUUCUUCUUCUCCUCCUCCUCCCGCCGUGCCAUUGCCGCCCGUGCCCUACCAAUCCACCCACGCGGAAAGCGUUCGCUUCCUCCACCGCCGCACGCGCCGCUCGUCAGGCCGGCCGUCCGUUUUCCUCGGUUCCUCCCCUGCUCUCCGAAGAGUCCGUGCGGAUAGAGAGUCCUUUUCCGCUUUUGGAAUCGGCACCAAAAGGGAAGCGGGAGAUCCGGGUGCUUUUCUUGGCCGGCCGAUCCUGCCGGUAUAUACGAUCCGGUCCAUUACCCCGCGCGAGGGCGCCCGAGAGAGCGGCGAUCCGAGGGGGGCGGUGGUCUGGUCCGUGGAUGGUCGUCGUCGUCGUCGUUUGGCCGGACCGUGUCGAUGGAGUUCUGGCCCGAGUUCUUGGCGAGCAGCGGCGGGCAUGAGUUCGUGGCGGGGGGCGUCGGCGGCAUGGCCGGCGUGCUGGCGGGCCACCCACUGGACACGCUCCGCAUCCGCCUGCAGCAGCCGCCGCGGCCCGUGAGCCCCGGGAUCACCGCCGCGCGGGUGGUGCGCCCGCCCUCCGCCGUCGCGCUACUGCGCGGCAUCCUCCGCGCCGAGGGCCCCUCCGCGCUCUACCGCGGCAUGGCCGCGCCCCUCGCCUCCGUCGCCUUCCAGAAUGCAAUGGUCUUCCAAGUCUACGCGAUCCUCUCGCGGUCGCUGGAUCGACGGAUGUCCACCUCCGAGCCCCCCUCCUACACAAGCGUGGCACUCGCCGGCGUGGGCACGGGAGCGCUGCAGACGCUGAUCCUGUCCCCCGUGGAGCUCGUCAAGAUCAGGCUGCAGCUGGAGGCGGCGGGGCGGAAGCGCCAGGGGCCGGUGGACAUGGCCCGGGACAUCAUGCGGAGGGAGGGCCUGCGCGGCAUAUACCGCGGGCUCACGGUCACCGCGCUCCGGGACGCGCCGUCGCACGGCGUCUACUUCUGGACGUACGAGUACGCGCGGGAGCGGCUGCACCCGGGCUGCCGGAGCACGGGGCAGGAGAGCCUCGCCACCAUGCUCGUGUCCGGCGGCCUCGCGGGCGUCGCCAGCUGGGUCUGCUGCUAUCCGCUGGACGUGGUGAAGUCGCGGCUGCAGGCGCAGACGCAGACGCACCCGCCCUCGCCGAGGUACCGCGGCGUCGUCGACUGCUUCCGGAAGAGCGUGAGGGAGGAGGGGCUCCCGGUGCUGUGGCGCGGCCUCGGCACGGCCGUGGCGCGGGCGUUCGUCGUCAACGGCGCCAUCUUCUCGGCCUACGAGCUGGCCCUGCGCUUCUUGGUGCGCAACAACGGCCGCCAGACGCUGGUGAUGGAGGAGAUGAAGUGCCAUGAUCACUGAUGCCAAUGCGAAUCCAUCCGUUUGCAGCAAUGGAGUUGCCCACAGCGGCAUGCGCACGUCCGCGGGGUUGUACAUAGGCUAGUAAUCCAUGGGACUGGGAAUCCGUCAUGGAGAUCAUACCAUUUACAACGAAGGUGUGGUUUUCAGAGCGUAGUAGCAGUUAGUUGCUUCAGAAUUCACAGAACUUGGCACUAUAGAUGUGCUUGUUGACGACGACGAUCAAUUCUCCAAUGUCUGGGGAGAUGCUAUUACAUGUAUAGUAGUACAAGAAAAUCAAUCAAUGAAGAUCAUGAGUCAAUGACCA